AUGGACAAAGAAUCGUACCUCGUCACUGGCGGAUGCGGCCUCCAGGGCUCGCACAUCGUCGAGAAGCUGAGACAGCAAUAUCCCAAUGCUCGAGUCGCCGUCAUGUCCCGUCAACCUGAAGAGCAAUUUGCCGGCGUGGAAUAUUUGUCGGGUGACAUCACCAAGCCGGACGAUAUUCAGCGUGUAUUGGAUGUCUGCAAACCCACUGUCGUCUUCCACUGUGCCGGUGUCAUGACUGUGACACGAAAGCCAGUCAAAGACGAAGUAGUGCAUGCCAUCAACUUUGAUGGAGCCAAAUACAUGCUGGAAGCAUCACAGAAGGCCGGGGUCAAGGCAUUCGUCUUCACCAGCAGCGCCAGCGUGGUGCAGAGAGCGCGCGGUGGCAUAUGCGCCGUCGCGAACGCCGACGAGACAUGGUCGACCGUCAUCCCAGAAGACAAGGUCAUCGCCUACCCGACGGCCAAAGCAGCCGCCGAACGUCUCAUUCUGGCGGCUGACACCCCUGGAGGCAUGCGGACCACCGCGCUGCGGCCGGCCCUCAUCUAUGGCGAGCGCGACAACGACAUCAUCCCGAUGCAUAUCGCCAACCUGCGCGGCGGCCGCACGUGGCUGCAGAUUGGCGACAACACCAAUCUGUUCAGCGCGACCUACGCCGGCAACGCCGCAGAUGCGCACCUGCUGGCUGCGAAGCGCCUGCUCACCGACCCGGACGGCGUGGCGGCCGAGCCGUUCUUCAUCACCAACGGACAGGACCAGCCGUUCUGGACCUUCACCCGGGCCUCAUGGCGGGCGGCGGGCGACACCACGCCUGCUUCUCAGGUGCGCGUAAUCAGUCCCGUCUUUGCUUCAGCCAUCGGCUGGGUAUUAGAGUGGGUUGCCUGGGCGCGAGGCACGCGGCCGGCGAUGACGAGGCAGACCAUCGGGUUCGUGUCCCGCGACCGAUACUUCAACAUCACGAAGGCGAGGACCGUGCUGGGCUAUGAGCCCAAGGUGGAUUGGGAAGAUGGCAUCAAGAGAGGAGUGAAAGUGAGUCGUGAUUAUCCAAAACCAAUCAAGAUCUUGUGGCUGACAUGA